CCUUUGUGCGUGUUAAUAUAAAAUUAUUUCAUGCGUCAAAAAGGAUUUUAGAGAUUUUAUGAAUAAGCAAAGAUUGUUACUCUAGUUUCAGAUAAAAAUGACUGAACCUAAAGUAGAAACUGAAGAAGAAGAAAUCGAACAGGAGAUAAAAGAGAAGAGUGUUUCAGCUCGUUUAAUUUUCACUGACCAACAGAAAAAAGAUUUACGAGAUGCAUUUAAUUUACUUGAUCAUACCGGAGAAGGAAAAAUUAAAGCCGAUGACUUUCGUGUCGCUAUAAAAGCUUUGGGUUACGAACCUACGAAAGAAGAAUUGCAGCUAAUGAUAAAUAGAGUUGACAAAACGCAAACGGGAAAGUUAAGUUUCGAAAAUUUUGAAACAGCUAUUAUGAGAAAAAUAAUGUCUUUAGACAGCGACGGAGAUAUAAUGAAGAGUUUUCGCCUGUUUGAUGAUGGAGACAGCGGUUUUAUUAGCUUUGAAAAUGUGAAGCGAGUAUCCGAAAUCUUAGGUUUUGGUCUUACAGAUGAAGAAAUAGAGGAAAUUAUGGAUGAUGCAGACAAAGACUUUGAUGGAUUUAUAUCAGUACAAGAAUUUAUGAGAAUGAUAAAAACUUCAGUUCGUAUUGAAACGCCGUAAAGGAUUAUUUUCUCAAGUUUAAAUUUUAAUGAAAAAAAAUUAUAAUUAUAACACAAUAGAACUAUACGAAAAAUGUGAACACCUUAUGAACGUGGUUGUUGAAACGCGUAAAAGAUUUGGUAAAAAGUGUGCGGAAUAUGAUCAAAAAAAUUCAAUAAUAGAAAACAAGAUAUUAAAUUUACAACUAAAAACUUUAUCCAAAGCUAAAUUUACGCCUAAAUAUCAAAAUCUAGACUCAGACAUAAAUACUAUGAGGAAGGAAAUGCAUAAUAUCAUCAGUGACAUUCAAGAAAGAGAAAAAAUAAUUCACAAUUUGUAUAAUAAUGUGAAAAAUACAGAGAAAAUUGUAUUACAGCUGAAGGAAGAUAAAUUAGGCAGAAGAAUGUUGCAGCCACUCACCGUUGAAGCUAAACUAAAAGAAUUAAAAACAUCAAAAUUACAUCAGUAUAUUUUUUAAUAGUUGUAAGAUGACAUAGAGCAAACAGCGACUAGAAUACUUCAAAACCACUGCUGCUCAUAGACUUCCACAUUAGCAGAUUGAUUGUGUAUUUUCUAUCUUAAUCCACUUUCUUUGCAACUCAACUAAGUAAAAUGAUGUGCUAGAA